AUGGCCGACGUCGAGACUGAAACAGCGCAAUCAAUACCAGCUCCCCAGGAGGGGUCUGAAGAAACAUCCACAUCCACGGCUCUUACAACAACCAACAAUGAAGUCGCGCCACCCGCAGAACGAAAAGUUAAGAAGAUCCUCCGCAAAAAGAGGCGCCCAGCACGAGCGCAAGUCGACGCGUCGCAGGUGAAAUCUGAACCGCCUCCUCAAACAGGCACAAUAUUCAAUAUCUGGUACAACAAAUGGUCAGGUGGCGAUCGUGAGGAUAAAUACCUUUCUCAGACCGCAGCAGAGGGGCGCUGCAAUAUCGCAAGGGACAGUGGAUAUACCACGGCCGACAAUAUUUCCGGGAGCUAUUUCUGCCUUUUUUUUGCCCGAGGCAUUUGUCCUAGAGGGUCUGAGUGCCAGUAUUUACACAGGUUGCCCGGACUUCAUGACAUGUUCAACCCGAAUGUGGAUGUGUUUGGCAGAGACAGACACUCGGACUAUAGAGAUGAUAUGGGAGGUGUUGGAAGCUUCAUGAGACAGAACCGGACGAUAUAUGUCGGGAGGAUACAUGUCAGUGAUGAUAUUGAGGAAGUUGUCGCCAGGCAUUUUGCUGAGUGGGGGCAGGUAGAACGAGUUCGUGUCCUCAAUACUCGAGGUGUAGCAUUUAUCACAUAUUCGAAUGAAGCGAAUGCGCAAUUUGCCAAGGAAGCAAUGGCACAUCAAUCCCUAGACCACAAUGAGAUCCUAAACGUCCGCUGGGCAACAGCUGAUCCAAAUCCGAUGGCGCAGGCACGAGAGGUUCGGAGGAUCGAAGAGCAAGCUGCAGAAGCGGUGCGUAGAGCAUUACCUGCUGAGUUUGUUGCUGAGAUUGAAGGUCGAGAUCCAGAAGCACGCAAACGGAAAAAGAUAGAGGGCGGGUUUGGUCUAGAAGGAUAUGAAGCUCCUGAUGAUGUCUACUACGCACGGGGACCCAAUGCGGUGAACCCUCUUGGUAGGCAGGGCUUAUCGUUGGAGGAGGAGCAAAGACUGAUGAUUGAGGCGGAUGAGGUGGAAACGAAAGCGACAGAGGAGAAUGGGAUUUUCUCAAGUAGUACCCUGGCGGCACUGAAAAAUGCUCAAGGAUCGAUUGGAACGCAGUCAAAACCCAAAACAACUACGGGUCCUCUGGUUGCCUACGAUAGCGAUAGCGAUUAG